AUGCCAGAAUGGAAAUUGUACAAGCAGUUUGACGAAGCGAUUCGAGCAAGGGCAAACUUGUCACAAAGCCUAAAAUCUACUCCUACUGAAGAGUUCGCGGAGAAGACUGUCAAUGUAGUGCUGAAGGAUAAUCCACCUGCUUGGUUCUCUACAGGCCAUCUCUCUACUCAUUCAAAAUAUCCUUCUUCGACCUCUGCUCCCCCUUCCACUAGGACAACUAGGAUUGGAAUGCAAGGUGCGCUUGGGGCAGGAGAAGGUAUUCAGGUGCUAUGUUGCUCUCAUCCUCUUGAAUAUACCAUCUUCGACUCUAUUUGA